UCACCCGGCAGCCCCCUUCGACCCAUCGCCUCUCCCCCUUGCCGACGGGUCGGAGUGAUUGAGCGUCAGACGCCAUCCAAUAGAAGCCAUCUAUCGGCUCAUAGCGGGUGGGCAAACACACACACAAUGCAGCACCUAGCUGCACCAGCAGCAUGCCCAUCUCUUCUCUCUCUGUCUGUGAGGUGAAUGCAGCUGUUGCUGUGUUUCUGAGUCAUGUCUGAGUCUUACGGCAUCGGCAUGGCCUCUGCUGCCUCGGCGGACGAUGCCGACGGCGAUGCAGGUACACACACACGGCAUCCCGCCACAUGCGUUCAUGUGGUUGUCGUUGUGCGUUUCAUUGUGUCUGCAGGCGACGUAGACCAGGAGGGGCGUGGCGGCGGCGGACCAGCAGAGGACGACAAUCGCAAUGGAAUCGACGGCGGUGAGUGAGAAGCAUGCCACACAGACCAGCCAACACACCACCAGCACCGUGACCAUGUAGCAAUGCACGUGUGUUUGCUCAGACCACCACCACCACCACCAGCAGCAGCAGGAGGAGCACGACGGCGGGAUGGCCAUUGAGGAGGGAGGUUCGCAUGCUGGAGCUGGUGGCGAAUCGGUGAGGCACUCAUUCACCCAAACAGAGCGAGUCUAUCCGAUGCGAGUCGUUGUGAUGUCCGUAACCUUUUCCUUUCCUUUGCCCUUUGUGGUGUCAGGAUGGUAUCAUGCAGGAGGCUGGGGAUGGUGAGGGCGACGACAUGGAUGAGGCCGACAUUUACGCGUCAGAUGCCAACAGGGACAUAUCCGACGACGGCUAUGAGGAGGACGGUACGCCAGCAGACAGACAGACAGACAGGCAGACAGACAGACAGACAAAGAGAGGGCAAUGCCCGCUCACAUUCACUCUGCCUGUCGUGUGGUGUGGUGGCUGUGUGCUGCAGGGGUGAGUGUCGAGGUCGUGGCGGGCACCCCCGCUGCUGUACCUGAGGGCUGUCUGCGCGCGACUGACAUCGAGGCCCGAUUCCCUUACAACACCACCGACGCAACCAAGGAGCUGACCCGGUGCAUCAUCGGCCGCACCAUCACAAGCCAGCAGCAAGCCGCCGACCUCAUCGAACAGGGCGCCGAUCUCCGAAGCUGCGGGAGAAGGGCGACAAGAUGUCUGGCAUCACCUACCCGCUGCUGA